AUGGCCCUCAACCUCCAAAAGCACCUCACAGCUAUCGGUUCUUCACCACUUGUAUACAGCAACCGCACAUUGGCAAGAGGCGAUCCCCUCAAGGCCGAGGGCGCCAGCCCCGUUGAUGACUUCAAGACGGUGGUCAAGUCGACUGACAUUAUUUUUACCAUGAUCUCGGAUGACAGCAUCCUGGACGCUCUGGUAGAGGAAGCCACCUCGCUUGAGAACAUCCAGGGUAAGCUGUUCAUCGACACAUCAACAGUGCAUCCGUCAACAAGCUCCGCCGUAGCCAAGGCCCUGAAAGUCAAGGGCGCAGAGUUUAUUGCUUCCCCCGUCUUUGGCGCAAGCCCCAUGGCGGCAGCAGGCAAGCUCAUCUUUGCCAUGGCGGGUCCCCAUGAGCAAAUCACACGAGUAUCACCAUUCAUUCAGGACGUGAUGGGCCGCCAAAUUAUCAACAUGGGCGCCGACGUCCAGAAUUCAAGUUUACUCAAGAUUUCGGGCAACAUCUUUGUCAUUGGCUUCCAAGAGUUGAUUGCCGAGGCUCAAGUGUUCGCCGAGAAGACGGGUCUGGGAACAGGGCGCAUGGAGGAGUUUAUCGGCAGCAUGUUUGGUCCCGUUCUCGAGAGUUAUUCCAAGCGCAUGACGUCCGGGGCCUGGGCGCCGCCGCUGGGCACGCCACCAGGUUUUGCCGUCAGUCUGGCGUCCAAGGAUGCUCGCCACGCCCUAGCUAUUGCUGAAGAAAAAGGGACGCAAUUGCCUACACUGGCAACGGCCCUCAAUCGUAUGACCAAGGCCCGGGAAUAUGCCGGCGAGUCAUUGGACAGCGCGUCCGUGUAUGGCAUUGCCAGAAUGGAGGCGGGUCUCCCAUUCUGGAGCGAGAACAGUAGACAGAGCAAUUAA